AUGCUCUUCGCGGUCCUCGUUCACGCCACCCUCGCUCUCGCGACACCUGUCAAGCGCGCAACCGCAUUUUUCAAUCCAGCUGAUGGUGGCGGAUCCAUGCUGGAUGUUGCUGGCGUGGGAGUCGGCGAGCCCAUGAAUGUCAUCGUUUCCGGGUUGAGCUCUCCUGCGGUGCUCACCCUCAGCGGCAUCGAGAACUUCGCGAGGGCCAUCGGCUUUUCCACGGAGUGCUUUGGGAUCCACCUGGGCGGUCCACAGAGCGCGAACUUAGGCGAUGGGCAUGGGCAGGUCAACCAGACCGUUGAACUGCGUCAAGACUUUGGCGAUCCUUUAUUUGGGACUUGUGGAGAGAGCUUGGUCGGCGGUAAUCACUUCCGGGUCUUUCAGCAGAACGGGCCAACCGCAGACAGCAACGCGAUGUUUCUCGCGGUAUCGCAGGAAGAGGAUGUGACUGAAAGCCAUACGAUUGUGCCUAACGGCUAUAACAUAGGUCGCGACGCACUCGUUGCUGCUGCCAUCGGAACUACGUCCUUUGGCGGCGUGACGUACUCGACUACAGCUCAGAACAUCACUGGUCUGUUGACACCUGGGUCCGCCGGAGUGAAUCAUGGGAUAGCGCAAGACGGGAUCGUUACGCUUCUGACUGUCACGAUACAAUGA